CGAUACCCAUCCCCUCGCCUUUACCGCCGCUGCGCGCUGUCUCCAAUGGCGAUUCCGGAGGAGGCGCGCCGCUACUGGCUGCCGAUCCUCCUCUCCGCCGCCGGCUUCCUCUUCCAGCUCUUCGUCCUGCCCAAGUCCUUCCCGCCCUCCCACUACGACGCGCUCGGAAUCCCGAGGUUUGCGCCGGUCGAGAGGGUGGUCGAAGCCUACGGGGUUCUCUCCAAGGAGUGGCUUGCUGAAACGAAUGAUCUGUCAACUGUUGAUAUUUUAAAGAUCCGUUAUGCAUAUGAGCUGUUGACAAAUCCAAUUUUGAAGCGGGAUUAUGAUCUUUUUGGUCUGGAUUACCAUAUGGAUGUCCUCGAAAGAGUCAAAGACCAAUAUCAGAAGGAGCACUUUCUGAAAAUAGAUCUCCCUUUGUUAAAAGAUCCUUUAGUUCAUUCAACUGAUCACGCCUUCAAUGUACUCACAUACGAGUCAUUCAUGUCUGCUAUUGCUGAAGAUUACCCGAUGCUCAUACUGCUUUAUUCAAAGGGGAGUCCUCGUUGUGCUCAAUUCAUCGAGCACUGGAAGCAAAUUGCCACUCGACUGGAUGGUCUAGCAAACACUGCUAUGGUAGAAGUCGGUGAUGGGCAACUGGCUGGGUAUUUUGCAGAACAAAGGUUCUCUCAACAGCCAUUUUUUCGCAAUGGUAUACCAGCUGUGGUUGCAUAUCCUGCUAAUUGCAGAAGUCCAUCCUGUUAUAUGAGGUUCCCUGGUGAGCUAACCGUGGAUUCUGUUGUUGACUGGGUAGCAUCGUCAAUUGUUGGCUUACCUCGGAUCUUGUACUAUUCAAAGGAGGCAUUGGGCCCCCAGUUCAUUGGGAAGAGUGGCCAUCAUAAGGUCAAGGUUAUCUUUUUUUCAAGCACUGGGGAGCGUGCUACUCCAUUCCUUCGCCAAGCUGCCCAAGAGUAUUCAAGCUAUGCAUCAUUUGCAUUUGUUAUGUGGAAAGAAGAUGAAUCCCAGAUUUGGUGGAAUUCGUUAGGAGUGGAAUCGGCUCCUGCACUUGUUUUCUUGAAGGGUCCCGGUGCCAAGCCUGUUGUGUACCAUGGAACUUUUAGCAAGUCGGAGUUCACAGAGAUAAUGGAGGAGCACAAGCACCAAGAACUCCGGCAGCUAAGAAGUGACACAUCUUUGGAAUUGGGUUGUGAUGCUAGAGGUCAUUCACGCGCUAGAAAAGACAUGUCUAUAUGGUAUUGUGUAGUCGUUGCUGGUCGCCCUGGUGUAGAAUUAAGUAAAAAGAGACAAAUUUUGCGAAAAGCCCAAGACCAACUACUAAGUGCUGUUGAUUCAAGUACUACCGGGAAUGUGGAAAAUAUAGUAGAGGUAGCAAGUGCUGCAACUGCCUUAAAAGAUGACAGGUUGACCUUUGUUUGGUUAGAUGGAGAAGUACAGAAGAAAAUUUGUGCCUUCUACCUUGCCACUGAUUAUAACGGAGCCUGUGGUCCUAGAGGUUUUGAAGACGACAAUGAUAAGCCCGAAGUAUUCAUCGUCCGUUUCCAAAGAAAUGCAACAUAUGAGGCGCUGAAAGCUGACAAAAAGCACAAUCUCAUGGAUACUCUCCAGGGUCAGGAUACUCCUGAUGCCUCCCAGCUAGUGGCUCGAUAUAAUGGCCUGGACGAAAUUCUAGAGAUAAACAAGUGGGUCUCUCAGGUUAUUAAAGAUGGAGAUACUAGAGAAAUCCCUUACUUUACUUCGAAGGUGCCAGAUCUUAUACCUGAGGAAACAAGUAAGGAAUGGUUAAGCAGUACCAAAAGUAUCCGUUCAGCAGGGAAAGGUUUAAAAGAGAGGGUUAAGUACAAUGUCUUCAAUUUCAAAGAUUACUUGACUGACCCAAGGGUUGGUCCAGCUUUGCUGAUGUGUGCAUGCAUUUCAUGGGCAACAAUAUGGUUCAAGCAUAGCCAAUCAACUCAGAAGACUCCAAAGGAUGAAGCUCCUAAAGAAAAGACCGAGAAUCGUCGCCGUCCAAAGCUUAGCACAACUCUCUUUGGUCAACCCACUACUGAAGGCGCCGCUGAUCCUGAACCCAAAGAUGCUCGCCAGUGGGAAAUGGAGGGCUCAGAUUCGGACUAAUGCUUUAGCGCAAGAACGAGUUAAACAUCGUUAUAUAUACUAUAGUUGAGCAAUAGAUCUAAAUUAGGUUACUGCCGGACAAUGUAUAACCAGUCUGAAAAAAAUACUCGAUGACAUCUCUGACCUUUGUUACUGUAUUUUUUUAGCACGGAUGUAUCCAUCUGCUUGGAAGCUGACACAGGCCUCUCAGACUGAAGAGUGAAUGUAUUGCUAGAGAUGUUCUUAGACUGUUGUUCCUUGUUCGAGGUUUCUGAAGCUAGAGGUGGAAGAUGUGAGACUGGACCAGGAGCGCAGUGCCCCCACAAAUUACAAAAUAAAUAAAUUGUAAAGAUGAGUUACAUGUCAAGCGUUUGUUUGAAUAAAUAGAAUUCUCUGUUUAGGUUC